AUGCAUUGUGGUUCUAAUUUUGUGGAAUGUGGCGUUGAUAUAGUGAAUCAACCUGAUAUAUCAAUUGGACAUCAUUCCUUUCAGUCCGAGUAUUUGCUGGGUAUUGUCCGCUUCAGCAACGGAAGCGCCGGGGCUGCCAGCAACAGCAACCAAAGUGGCAGCAACAAAAGUGGCUCACGAUCUGGCAUCGUCGAGGGAGUCGGAGCUAGGGUAAUUCGAGGCCCUGAUUGGAAAUGGGGCAAGCAGGAUGGCGGAGAAGGUCAUGUGGGAACCGUUAGAAAUUUUGAGUCUUCAGAGGAGGUUGUUGUAGUUUGGGAUAAUGGUACUGCUGCCAAUUAUAGAUGUUCUGGAUCUUAUGACUUGAGGAUCAUUGACAGUGCCCCUACUGGCCAGAGGCACGAUGGUACAAUGUGUGACACCUGCCACCAGAAUCCCAUCUACGGAAUUAGAUGGAAGUGUGCCGAGUGCAACAACUACGAUCUCUGCUGCAUUUGCUACCAUGGUGACAAACACAACCUGAGGCAUAGAUUCUUCAGGAUCAACUCGCCUGGAUGUGAAAGGGCCCUGUUAGACCCACGUCGCAAGAGCAAAAAAAUAACCACAAGAGGAAUUUACCCCGGGGCCCGUGUGGUACGAGGGGUUGAUUGGCAGUGGGAAGAACAAGAUGGCGGAGCUGGUAGGAGGGGCAAGGUUUCUGAUGUUCAGGACUGGAAUAAUUCUUGUCCUCGUAGUGCUGCCUACGUCCUCUGGGACACCGGCACCAAGAAUCUCUACAGAGUCGGAUUCGAAGGCAUGUCUGACCUGAAGGCAGUGAGCGAUGCAAAGGGCAAUUCUUACUACAGAGAUCAUCUACCUAAUUUGGGAGAACAAGGUCAAAGUUCAAGGUCGCAGCAGGGUGGCCUGAAGGUCGGAGACCAGUGCCUAGGAACAACGGGGUCAGUGGUGGGAAUCGAUGAAGAUCACGAUAUUGUCGUCUCCUACCCCAGCGGGAACAGGUGGACAUUCAAUCCGGCGGUGCUGACGAAACCACAGCCAGCUGCAACGGGAGCCGCGUCAUCGUCGUCACCGUUAUCAUCAUCAUCAUCGUCGUCUGCCACCGUGCCACCAUUUUGUGUCGGAGAUUUCGUGAAAGUUUGUUCGGAUGUCGAGCGGAUGAAGGUGCUACAAAGGGGGCAUGGGGAAUGGGCGGAGGCCAUGGUCCCUACACUUGGCAAGGUGGGGAGGGUACAGCAGGUCUACCAGGAUAAUGAUCUGAAAGUUGAGGGAUACAAAAUGUAUACAAAACAUACAAAGGUGUGUGGAACAUCAUGGACAUACAAUCCACAGGCUGUCACUAAAGUUGCUCUGCCUGAAGGAACUAAUGUUGCUAAUCAAUCUGGAGAGCGUCUGUCAGUUCUUCUGAAGAAAUUAUUUGAGACCCACGUGUCUGGUGAUGUGAAUGAGGAGUUAGUGAAGGCAGCUGCCAAUGGUGACCUACAAAAAGACAAAGACGGCGACAGAGCAGUUCACCACGCGGCAUUCGGUGACGAACCAGAAGUCAUAAAGCUGUUGCAAAUGGGAGGGGCCGAUCUGAACGCGCGAAACAAGAGAAGGCAGACCCCUCUUCAUAUUGGGGUCAAUAAGGGUCACAUUGGGGUUGUGAAAGUUCUACUCGAGUUGGGCUGUCACCCAAGUUUGCAGGAUUCCGAAGGGGACACUGCUCUACACGACUCGGUGAGCAAGAAACGAGACGACAUACUGCAGAUCCUGUUGGAGCACAGUGCAGACAUGACCAUCACUAACAACAACGGAUUCAACACGCUACACCAUGCUGCUCUGCGUGGCAAUCCUAGUGCUAUGCGAAUCCUCUUAUCAAAAUUAUCUCGACCUUGGUUGUUGCUGGUUCGUGAAGGAUGCAACCUGAACAUCAGUGAUAAAGAUGGCGACACACCGCUACAUGAGGCUCUGCGUCACCACACGCUGUCGCAACUGAGGCAACUUCAAGAUAUGCAAGAUAUCGGGAAGGUAGUGAUUAAACUUUCCAUCUUGCAUGGUGUACUCUUAAUGGGUCUUGGGACUCCAGGAGCCGACAAGAAAUCCAGUGCUUCUAUCGCCUGCUUCCUGGCUGCCAACGGGGCCAAUUUAGACUUCAAAAAUAAGAAAGGUCAGUCGGCUCUUGACCUCUGCCCUGAUCCAAAUCUUUGCAAGGCCCUCACUAAAUGUUAUAGAGAUAGAUUGGUCAACAACUACCCACCAAUACUACCAACAACGCCCCAGCCUCUGGUGCCAGACGUCUCCAACAACCCCGUCAACAACAACAACUUCACCACCACCACAUCAUCGUCGUCGUCGUCAUCAGGCUGCACAUCAUCUUACGAUGAUUGCAUGGUUUGCAGCGACACAAAGCGUGACACCCUGUUUGGCCCCUGUGGUCACGUGACCACGUGUUCGCUCUGUUCUCCCCGGGUCAAGAGGUGUCUGCUCUGUAAGGAGAGUGUCCAGUCGAGGACCAAGAUAGAAGAAUGUGUAGUGUGUUCAGACAGGAAAGCUUCAGUGCUCUUCAGGCCUUGUGGGCAUAUGUGUGCUUGUGAAACAGCCAUGACAUCGACUUCAGCAGCGACAGCCGCUCUCACGAUGACGUCAUCGUCGGCCUCAGUAGCUGCGUCGCUCAGUAACAACGUCAUGACACAGCUUACAGAUGACAAACUAUACACGGAAAAUAUGGGCUGCCUGUUUGCUAGCAACACCAUUUCUAACCUCAUGACGAAGACAACCUCCAUGCCACUGUCCAACACUAAUCACCUUCAUCAUCCGGACGAUGCGACUAAUAACCUCGGUGGGGGGUCCAGUGCUGGGCAGUUUCUCAUGAAUAAUGGCAGGCAGGACACUUCGUCAUUUGCCGAUCUGCAAAAGUUACAGCAGCAGCUGCAAGAUAUCAAAGAUCAGACAAGCUGUCCAGUGUGCAUGGACCGACUGAAGAACAUGAUCUUCCUCUGUGGCCAUGGAACCUGCCAGAUGUGUGGGGACCGAAUGCUGGAGUGUCCCAUUUGCCGAAAGACAAUCGAGAAGAGGAUACUGUUGUAUUGA